UGUACCUCGCAUAAAGCGCGAUCGGCCAAACAUAUAUCAUAACGCUCGAAAUUGCCGUCCAGUCAAAAUUAACGCGAAUUGCGUUAAUAUCGAAAUCGAAAUUGCCUCUGUUGAAAAAAAAAAGUAAAUGGAAACAGAACGAUACAGAGAAAAAGUGAAUAAUAGAAAUAUGAAACUAGAGAAUCUAAUCUGUUGGUCUAUACAAAUUUGGCUUCGAAUUUUCGGGAUCUGGCCGGAAUCGUCGUGCAUCAUGUCGCGCAGAUUAUUUUGGAUCAUCGCGCUCAUGAUCGAGCAAAUCUUACAGUAUCGAUACAUCAUGAUAAGUUUCUAUAACGUCGACAUUACCGAGGUGAUAAAUACUUUGAGUGAAACAGUGCCGUACUCAAUAUUAUUAGUUAAACUUGGAACUUUUUGGUGUAAACAGCGAACAUUCAACAAAAUAUUAACAAUGAUGGCGGUGGAUUGGGAAAAGUGUUCCAGCACGGAGCACAGUAUGUUUACGAUGGCGUGUAAAGCGAAGCUAUCGCAGCGGCUCGCUAACUUGACAAUAACGCUUUACUCGGCAGCUGUAAUCUUGCAUAGUAGCGAUGUUCUGGUAUACCGCUUGGACGUCAGCAGAACUUCCAAUGUCACCGCGCGACCGUUCAUUCUCAAGAUGAACGUGCCGUUCGACAGUAAUAAAAGAUUUGUAUACGAGUCAGUCGUGAUCACACAAUUCGUCCAUUUGUACUUGUGUUCCUGCACAAUUGGCGUAAUCAAUAUCCUGCUGAUAAAUUUGAUACUACAUGUAGCUGGUCAAAUUGAUAUUCUUUGCGAGUGGUUGGUGAAAAUUUAUCCGAUGAAAGGAAAACGUCAUCUGGAUCUCGCCGUGAUAAGGAAAGUAGUUAAGAUGCAUCAGAAGAUUAUCACUUUCUCAAAGCACAUCGAAGAACUGUAUUCAGACAUCGUGAUUGCGCUGUUCGUAUCGGACACUCUAGUUAUCUGCUGCUUAGGAUUUGUGAUCGCCGUGUCAAUCGGGACACCUGGUGCUUCGGAAACUAUAAUAAAGACCCUUUUAUUUUAUAUCGUUAUAAAUCUGGAGGCAUUUACAUACUGCUUCGCGGGAGAGUAUCUAAGCGCCAAGAGCAAAACCAUUGGCGACGCCGUGUACGAUUCCCUUUGGUACGAAUCGGAUUCUAAAGACUGUCGGGUGAUAUUGCUGCUGAUAAUGAGAUCGCAGAAUCAAUUGGCCAUCACGAUUGGGAAGGUCAUGGACUUGUCUUUGGAGCGAUUUGCCAGUGUAAGAUCACUCACCUUACGUACAGACACUUCUAAUGCGCUGAUUGUCUCGAUAACUGUUCAAUUAAGAUAUUGUAAAGGCUUCAGCUUCUUACGUGUCGGUUCUGCUCGCGAUGUACUGAAGCGGGACUAG